AUGCGGUGUCAUUACGAAGUACUCGGUGUUGAUCAGAACGCGACUGAAGACGAUUUGAAGAAAGCGUAUAAGAAAUUAGCAUUGCAAUGGCAUCCCGAUAAAAAUCCUGAUCGAAUAGCGGAAGCGCAACAACGAUUUUUAGAAGUUCGAGCUGCUUACGAAGUUCUGUCAGAUUCAAGAGAACGUGCUUGGUAUGACGCUCAUCGAGAUGUGAUGCUGCAAAAAAGUUCUGGCGAUGAUUAUCAAGAUGAUACAAUCAAUAUCUUUCCGUUUUUUACAUCUUCGUGCUACCAAGGAUACAAUGAUAGUGAAAAUGGUUUUUAUACGGUCUACAAUAAGCUGUUUAAAGACAUAGCUGAACAAGAUUUGAAAGCAUCCACUGAUAAAACAAUUGAAAUACCCGAGUUCGGAACGUCAGAAAGUUCAUAUGAUGAUGUUGUUGGUCCAUUUUAUGCAUACUGGUCGAGUUACUGUACACUAAGAUCGUAUGUUUGGAAAGAAGAACAUGAUACACGUGAAGCAAUGGAUAGACGCGUCCGACGAUUGAUGGAACAGGAAAAUAAAAAACUACGUGAUAAAGCGAAAAAGGAACGGAAUGAGGAAGUUCGGGAAUUAGUUGCAUUUGUGAAAAAACGUGAUAAACGAGUACAACUUCGAAAAAUUUAUCUUGAAGAACAAGCAGCACAGAAGAAGAAAACUGAUACUGAACGACGAAAUCGCGAAAAGCAAAAAAAAUUGGAAGAAUUAGCAAAUUACAAAGAAUCUCAAUGGAUGUCAUUUCAAGAUUUAGAGAAACAAUUAGAUGACUUGGAAAAUUCAGUAAAAAAUCAGUUUCAAGAAGCAAAAAUGAAUAACAACGACGAAGAUCAAAAUGACAAUCCGGAUGAUUCCGAUGAUGAUAUCAAUGAAUUAUAUUGUGUAGCUUGCAAUAAAUCAUUCAAAUCCGAUAAAGCUUUCCUCAAUCAUGAAAAUUCUCGAAAACAUAAAGAAUUCGUGCAAUUGAUGAAAGCACAUAUUCAACAAGAAAAUGAAGAUUUAUCAUUGAAUACUCAAGAUCAAGUUGAAUUAACGAAUGCGGAUUACGAUCAAUUUGUGCAAUUACCCACGAAUAACCAAUCCAGUAAAUCGAAAAAGAAGAAGAAGAAACAACGACGAAAUAACAAAGAAAAUGAUGCAUCAUCAGAUGAACAGACUGAAGCAUUAGUAUCCAAUGAACAGAAUGAAGACGAAGAAGAAUGCGCAGCACCAACAGUAACUAAAAAUAAGGAUAAAUCGACAACAGAAACAAAUCCUGAGACAUCGCAAGAACCGAUUAUUCUUCAAUGUUUUGUUUGUAAAGAAGAAUUUUCUUCUCGGAAUGUCCUCUUUAAACAUAUUAAAGAACUUGAUCAUGCUAAACCGAUUCCGGUUAAAUCCGAGCCGAAAGUGAAAGGCAAAAGCAAAAAGAAAUAA